CAAUGUAAAAGAUAUAUUCCAAAGAGUAAAGUCAUCCAUAAUUCUUGAUCUAUAUACAAGUGCACAGCCAUACACCAAACAUCUUUUACCUUAGAGAUCAAACUUCUUUACACACUAAUCGUUUCAAGAUGAGCCAGUACGAUCACAACCAAUCUGCAGGAGCUAACCCAUCGCCACCGGUUUCGACUGCACCACCACCGAUGGGUUACCCCACCAACGACCCGAGUCAUAACUCGGCGGCUCCGGCUAAAGUGGAAACCAAGUCUAAGGGUGACGGAUUCUUUAAAGGCUGUCUUGCGGCCAUGUGUUGCUGUUGUGCCCUGGACAUCUGCUUCUGAGCUAUUUGGCAUGGAUCUGAAUGUGAGCUAUUACGACGAGUUGUGUGAAUGUGAAUGUGAAUUAUUCCCUCCAGCCUCAUUGUAUAAAUUCGCUAUUACUUGUUUAUUAUUUUCUUGUACUACUUUGUGAUUCGAACAUAUAUUAUGGUUUGUAUUUGGAUCUCUAUAGUAUUUAACUUUUAGAUUUGUAUAA